UUCAUCACAACAAAAUCAUUUUUCCGUGUUCGUCGUCGACGAAAGAAAUUUUCCUGUUUUUAGCGUUUGUUGCUCUAAAUGUCUCCUAAUCUUGUGGCCACUAUCAUCGAGUUAGGGCAGAAGCGGAAAAAUGACGAACUCAAGGAAGUGUUGGAGAAAACCAAAUCAAAAUACCUCAUCGACCUGGUCGUUUCGAACCUACAAUCGAUCGACGGAUACACGCUCUGGCACUAUACCCUGCUGGGUUUGGGGUAUUCGGAUGCGUGCCGCGAAAAGCGGUUCGAGUUGAUUAUGGCCGUGUUACGGCACACGAACGUGGUGGAGCUUUCGACGAAGCAAAUCUUUGAUCUGAUCGCCCGCCUACUGACCGAUCUUCCGACGUUUUCCUCCGAUCAGCUGGUGGAGAUGUGCGAGCUGUGCAUCGAAUUUAUACGCGUUGGCGAUCCGAAAUGCUUGAGCUGGAAGCAUCUGCUGCCGCAAACACUCGCGCAGCUCAACGACAGUAUCGGCCGGUUCAAUGCAAACGGAAUGCUGCUGACCGGAUCAGAUUAUCGCAACAAAGUGCUCGGCGAGCUGUUCAAGAUGAAGCUGCAACCGGCGAUACUGACACCGCUGUGUGCCAUGUUCUCCGAUUUUACCCUUUCACGGGACGAAACGGCAACUUUUGUAACGAAAAUAUCGGACAGUAUCAAGCAAAUCGAACCACUGGAGCUACCUCCAUUGGCGUUUCAGCUGUUUCACGUGUGCCUGAAAAGUCCAAGCCAGCUCAUUGUGCCACUGAUGGCCCUGGAGAAGUAUUUCCACAAAAAUUACUACAAAAAAGUACUUUCUACCGCGAACAGCGAUACGACAGACUUUGACAGCAUCGAUCGUUACUCCGACAACGAGAUACGUGAAGCGGAAGAAACCAUUCUGUAUCAUCUCUCCAACGUGACCGAGUUUCGCCUGGACGAGACGCAAACGGUGGCCAUGUUCAAGCCGUUUCAGAAUAAUCCGGAAAAACUACUAACUCCCUUCCUGGUCGGUGCGCUGUUGGCAAUGAGCCGCAUCAAUCGAUUGCCCGACACAACGGAUGUCGUAUCGUCCCCGAUAAUGGCCUUCCUGAUCAAACUAAUUGCUCUCAGCGAGAAGGAGCGAGAAAUGUGCAAUCAGUCGGCAUGGUUCCGGGCACGUAUCGACUCAUCGAUAGGGUCACGCGUUGACCAGCUGUUUACGGUGCUCACGGAAAACAGCCAGGAAGGCAAAGAGGUCGUUACGCCGGGAAUUAUCCAUUUCGCCUUCGCGCUUCUACUGGCCAAAAAGCAGCCCAAGCUGCACGGCAUUGCGAUUCAGUUUUUCCAGAUCUUCCUCAAGCGCCGGUUCAUCUUCGGUAGCGGUAUCAUCGCGAAACUGAAAAAGUUUCUGUUCGGCGAUCUGCAGGAAACGCAGUUCAACCUGUGUCUUACAACACUGAGCUUGACCAAUACGCUGACGGUUGCCGAGUCAAGCGCAACGAUUGAGUUCAUUUUGGAAUACCUACUGUUGAUAGACGGUAUGUACGCCAUGCGGUUUAUGGCGUUCCUGUUUCCACUGCUAAGAAUAUCGCACACCAUCCGGGAUCGUUUUAUCGAGGUGCUGCGUAAGGCUAUGUACAAUAGUGAAUCCUCUACGCGCAUAAUGGGAGUUUUUGGAUUCUGUUCGCUGUUGAAGCAACUUAAAAAUAAUAAUGCACGUCGCUCAAUUAUGGGAUCUGCAGGUGGGAAUUACACACAGCUAUCCAUCUCCGGGAUGUCUCUGCUAUCGCAAGCAGCCUAUGGUUCGGCCAGCAACCCCAACCUACACUUCGAUAUGCUUACCCUUGAGAUUAUGGGAAUAUUGAGAAAAUGUCUCACGCAAACGGUCGAGGUGCGCAUGAUGCUCUACGAGGCGCUGGGACGGGCGGUUGACUUCAACACGAUGCUUCUCCCACACGCACUGCAGUUUAUUGAUUGGCAUUUUGAAAGUUACUUCGGUGAAAAUACGGACGAUAAGCUGAUUAUCGCGUUCGACAAGUGUGUCCGGUAUUGCAACGACAUCGAGCAUGAGGAUCAACCCGAUCUGCUGCGUCCAAUCGUUGUAUACGAUAAUGUAGGACGCUUGACGGCGUUCAUGGUACACUGUAUAGUGCUCUGCGAUCAGCAUAAUAUCCAGCACGACACCAAUGCCGUCAAAAAGACGCUUCAGUUAAUUGUCGAUCGUGUAGAUAGCAUCACGUCCGAUGAGCUAGGGAUUAUGGGCACAUUGGACACCAGAGCAAUAGUGGUUGCUAGCCAGUAUUUGAACGUGAUCGAAGCUGCGAUGGCAUAUUGCGCUUGGAAGAUGAAUCCCGAUAAUGGACUGUCGCGGGAUCUGUUACGUCUAUUCAAGCAUCAUCAGCAAUGUGUCGAAAAUUUUAAGAAAAUGGAACCAAAAAAAGGCAACAAAAAGCACAUGCCUGACAAUACCAUGAAUAGCUCCGGAUAUCAUUUGUCAUCUGUAAAGCAUGGAAUAUCGUUUAAACCGGAAAACAUCUGGGAUAUCGCCACGGUUGAGAGAAUGCUACGAAUUACAUUCGAUAUCUCAACAAACUACGCCAGAGAAGACGAUCUAAAAACGUUGCGCUCCAAAAGAGACUUCCAGCAGCAUGUUCUUAAAACUGCUGGCCAUAUGAUGGAAACGGUUCGUAAUCUGCCGGAUUACUGGCAGGUUAGUCACAGCAAGCGAACCUUUUCACAUCUUUGCGAAUGCACCAAAGUCGUGUACGUUCGAUGCGUCCGCCAAACGACGGAACUGUGCGGUAAUGGGGGAUUGCUGGUGGCGCAAUCUGCUAUCGAGUGCUUUCGGCAAUCAUUGAUUUCAGCGCUUGAACUGUUCGAGCGGAAGUUCAGCGAGUUCCUUCAACUUAUAUCAUGCACGAUUGGAUUGACUUUUAUAAUGGAUUUACUAAAGGAUAUGCACACGAUCAUCGAUCAGUUGUUUGCCAAUGAGUCGGAGGCGGGAACGAUCGGAGAGAAGAUCGUUGUUGGAAUUUUUCAGUGCCUUGAGCUGCUGUACAAAUCUCAUAUCAUGCAUCAGGAUCACCUGACGCUCGGUUACGAUUGGCUGCAGCAGUUCUGUGUCAACACAAAGCUCAAACCGAAACCAUUCGCCAUCGUGCAUCGCAUCCUGUUCGAUCUGCGGUCGAGGACUCAAAGUGGUGCCUAUUUCGAUUCCGUCGCUAUGCGGUUGGAGCUAAAGUUUGGACAGAUAACGGAGGAGGAAUUGAAUCCUCCCUUUUACCUUAAAUCCAUCACAUCCGGUACGGUAGACCCGACUUUCCAUCAUUUGUGUGCCGUUGUACGGUUGCAGCUGGAAGAGAUUGAACACUUGAUAUUGCGUAGCAACAGUCUGCUGGCACGGUUAAAGGUCCUUGGGUUGGACGAUACGGAUGAAACUACACAGUUGUUAAAAUCAAUCGAACGCUCAAUGUGCUCGCAGUUGGUGCACAUUCUCACAACCCUUACGCAUCUGUGUAACAUGCAUUUGCCACUAGGUUCGGCAAUGGACACUCUGCUUAAGCUACUGCUGUCGAUGUACAACUGUCUGGCCAAUUUGAGCCGCCACUUUCUGGCUUGCCAUCCAAUCGUACCAGUUUCCUAUGAAGUGACAAAAUUCAAUCUCGUAGUAAAAGCUACUAAACCCUUGGCUUCCAGGAUCUACGAUCUUUUCCCGUUUAUCGAGGAGAACAUACUGGCUCAGGAUGAAGCACAGGAUGAUGGUGAAGAAGCGGUAGGCAAACGGUCGGUUGAGAGUUCAGCGAAGGCCAAAUCCAAUCGCGACAAAGUGCUACGGCAGACGAAAUUCCUUCCAAGGCUGGUGUUUCGUAUCGAAUCGUACAACAAGAUUGUCACUCAGCUAAGCAGGAAGACGAAGAAAGACCUAACAUACCUACUGCACAUGGGAACGGUGCGCGAUUUUCGCAUCAAAACCUCCGCCUUGAAAGAAGCAAUAGAGAAAACAGUAACUCACGGUGGAGAUGAUGAUGAAUCCAACGAGGAAGCAGAUCUCGAGCCGGAGCUCGAUCGUGACGAAGGAGAGGAUGACAUUGAGGCGAGCAUUGAUCGAUCGGCUUGUUCUAAUCGCUCAGAGGUGAUGCGGGCUGUACCAACAGGACGAGCGUCAGAUAUCAGUGGGGAGGCGCUAGCUCUAAAGAAUCUAGCCAGACUCAAUGAACGCACUCGUAAGGCGGCGAAAAAGCGUGCCAUUCAGUCGGUGGACGAUGGUGAAGCAACAGACACUGCACCGAAAAAAUUGAAAUCGGUGAAAAGGAAAGCAGCAAAAUCUCCGAAGAUCAACAAGCGGGUACUUGAGGAGGUGAAUAGGGACACCGAAAACCGGUCGGCUCUUGACCCACCGGCAGCCCUAUCGCGAACGCGAACGUUGGGAUUACCGAGACGAAGUGCAAGGAAGAGUGAUGCAUGAUAAGCGUAAGGAGCGUAAGUGAAGCAUUCCUGGAUCGACUAAAUUUACAGAUUAUUCGUAAGCGCAUCUACUAACGUAACUUGGAACGAAAUUUUUGAAAAUGGUGCCGCGCUUCCGGUGUUGAGAUCGUUUACAUCAUUUCGGGGCUUCGGAAGUCGAAAACAGGGCCGACUCCCUAACCCACAGUUUGAUAAACAAUAAAGAUAUCGCGUGACGCCGCAGCAAAUUGUCGCGCAGCAGCA